UCUGGCUGAGACCCAAUUGUCUUCGCCGCAACCUCUCCAUCGUCCAGUCAAUUACCUCAAGUACCAACGACGACACUCAGGAUGUCCGACAUCAACAGUUCAACUACUCAAGCCCAGGGUGGCGAUAGCCAUGGAGCUGAAACCGACAAGGGAAAGGGCAAGGCUGCCGACCCAACCCAAGAUGUGAGCAUGGGCGAAGACGAUGAUGAGGAGGACACCAGUGACGAUGAGGUCGAUGAGGCUGCUCCCGUCGUCGACGAAGCCGAUGAGGACAACAUGGAGGAGAUCGAUACCAGCAACAUCAUCAGUGGUGGCAGACGUACUCGUGGCCGCCAGAUCGACUUCGUCAAGGCAGCCCAGGAGCUUCCCGAGGACGAGGAGGACGAGGAGGAUGAUGGGGAUUUCGAGGCCCCAGCGGAUGAAGAUAAGAUGGACGAGUAGAUCAUGGGCGGAUAUCUGCUAUCAAGAAUUAAUGCAUCUAUGAGAAGCGUCUGGCCGGCGAUGCAGUGAGCCUAUGAACGUUCCUCUUUCUGUUCCAGAAUACUCCCUUUCGUGUCGUCAUGUUUGCCUCCAUAAGCUCUAUUCCCAAGAGCCCAUACCAUAAAUUAUGGUGUCAAUGAGAGUUCUUCCAAAUACGAUUUUAUGAUUUGCCCUUUAUUUGCAGCCGUUCCGUGCUGAUCUUGAAAUGCAUGUGGUUGCAACAACGAGCUUUCCUAAAAGUAGC